AUGGUCUUGACAUGUCCUCGAUUCGAUUCACCUUCGCUCUUUGGUCGUGACAUUCAUACCUUCAACAAAUUUGUUCGAACUUGGUACGGGGACUGCAUCGACAGCCAGGAUAGGUCUGACCGACCUUGGAGAAUCGUCUAUCCAGUGGACUAUUUGCCAGUAAGGAAUAAUGAACAAGCGCUUGUCUUCGACGAUUUUGUCGGUGACCUAGCGGCGUAUCUUAAUGUUGAGCCUGAGAUAUUAUCUAUUGCAGAGACAUGGAGGAAAACUCCACCUGUCGAAGAAGGUGACAUUUUGAAAUUCAUGGAGAAUACGCAGGUACACGGCUUCUUCUACGAGCUCUACCACCACUUCGAUGAGUUUCGAGAAGACUAUAGGAGGAAGUAUGACCGAGAGCCGUUUCUUUCUAUGCCUCUGAAAUGGGUGUGGAGGAAUUUGGGACGUCUAGUCGACGAGUCACAGAAGAAUCGCGCAUUCGAGCGUUACAGCGUGUACAAAGAUUGGUUUCUUAAACAUAUUCUUCGACCGGAGGAGACGCGAACCAUAGUGGUAUUGCCCAUCGAGGAGCUCGAACCGCGCUACAGGGAUAUACCGCCUGUGCUGCCUAUUGAAGCUCCGAAGGGAAUCAAUGUCUUGUAUUUGAGUCCCAUAUUAGGUGCGCCAGAGAUCGUAGUACCAGCCGGCCAAAUAUCAUUCCGAUCGCGUAUCACCGAACAUGAAGAAUAUCUGCCCGUGGCGGUAUCUUUGCUCGGUGCUCCGGAAACAGACUUGGAGUUGACCGAGAUGACUGAAGAUUUUCUCAAGCAUGCGGGUAGAUCUACAAGAGUCUUGACCGGAAAGACCAUGUUUGGUGAUGACACCAAAUGA